AUGGGUCGCACCGUUGUCAUCAUCCUCCGCGUUGUGCAAGGCCUCCUGGCCUUGGCCAAUUUAGCACUGGCGGCGUACGUCUACAACUGGUACUCGACCGUCGCGCACCGACCGAGCCCUGGCGCGCUCCAAUUCCUCGUCUUCGCGCCGUGCGUGUCGCUCGCCUCCAUCGCCUACCUCGAGAUCGCCGCGCGGCAGCGGCGCAUGGUCAUGGCGCACCGACUCACCGCGAUGGGCGUCGAGGGCCUCAACGCGAUCCUGUACCUGGGCGGGUUCGUGGCGCUGGCGCUGACGCUGAGCGACGAGGAUGCGGCGUCGGCCGGGGGCGCGCCGGGCAAGGCGGUCGCGGUGCUGGCGGCGGCCGAGUUCAGCGCGUGGAUCGCGUCGGCGGUGCUGGCGGCGCACGAGUGGUUCAGGAGCGAGGCGCAGAUGAACAGAGUGACGGAGGCGCGUCGCGAGAUGGCGGAGGCGGCGGAGAGUGGGAGAUGCUAG